AUGCACAUCCCACACGAGAGCCCCAAAGUCGCCCGGAUGCCUGAACCGCCGUCGCCCAAGAGGAGGCGCGAGGAAGGUGACGCCGAGGCGGCCGAGGCUGCGGCUGGACGGCCAACCAAGGCGGCACGGAGGCGGCUGUCGGCCUCGCCAUCGCCGCCCCCACUGUUUGCCGACGCACCAGCUGCAGGAGGCGAGGAUGGGACCGAGACGGGUGGAGCCGACAAGGACGCUGCAGCUCCACCGGUGGCGCCCAAGCGGCCGCUGUCAGCGUACAUGCUGUUCUCGGCGAGCAAGCGGGCUGAGGUGGCGGCGUCGAUGCCGCCGGGCUCACGCGCAACCGACGUGAUGCGGGCGCUGGGCGCAGCGUGGAAGGCGCUGAGCACCGAGGAGCAGGCAGCGUUCAAGGCACAGGCAGCAGCGGCCAAGGCCGAGUACAAGCCGAUCCACAACAACUCGAUUGCCAUGCUUCUCCUUGGAUCGCCGUACUCGUUCCAGGCGAGCUCUCGUAAGAACAGCAGCAAGAGCAAGAGCAAGGGUGCAGCGGCGGCAGCGGCGCGCAAGAAGAGCUCGCGGACGAAGCGGUCUGCGCCUGUGGCAAGCGCCAACCCACGCCAGCCUGCCCCCGCCGACACCACCACCAUCAGCCAGGCGCUGGCGCAGGCCUCGGAGGCCCUCGCCGGUAGCGACGGCAAGAACGAUGCUGCUGGCGAGAGCGGCAGUGAGUCGGAUGACGACGACACGACCCAGCCUGGCGCCGCGCCUUCGACCAUGUCGCUCCUCAGCAUGUUUGCCGCCCCGCAGUACUAA